CACACCACACCCACACGCGUUCGAAGCACCCCCAUGGUCCGCGCCGCUGUCGUCGUGCUUGCGCUCGCUGCCUCUGUCUGCGCCUCUGCUCACGGCGCCCUCGGUCGCGUCAAGCGGCAGAGCUUGUCCGACUCGUCGACGCAGGCGGUCGAAGGCCUGCUCGACAUCGCGCAGAUGGUGCUCGCUGGCAACACGACGACAGAAUGCAACGACUGGAUCACCUCGCUGCAGAACUGCUCGAACCUGAGCGACGAGACCGAGGUCGCCACUUGCGCGUGCGGAACCGACGUCCUGACGCAGCUCGAAGCAUGCGCGCCCGUCUACGGCAAAGGCCCGACCGAGAGCUCUUUCCGCUUCAAAUCGUUCUGCACCGAGGUUCUCCCGACGCUCGACCUGUCCAACUCGACCCUCUCGUCCGCCGCGUCGUCCGUCGCGGCAAGCGCAACCUCGGCCAUCGACUCGCUCACGUCGUCGGCCGUGAGCGCCGCCUCGUCCGCCUCGAACGCGGCACGGUCGAGCGCGUCGAGCGCGGCGUCGUCUGCUGCUGCAGGGGCGCAGCCGUCGUCGGCGAGCGGGAGCAGUGGCGCAGGGAGGACGGCGGUCGUGGGCGGGCUUGCAGGCGUCGUCGCCAUCGUCGCCGCGCUCGCACUGUGAGGAGGAUCGCGCUCUCGGACCCCUUUCCCCUCGUUUUUCUCUCAGUCUCUCGGACAUGCUGCAUGCGGCUGGAACGCGCAGUAUGUACUCGUGUC